UCCGCGAACAAUCAGCCCUCAGUUAUUUAUUAGCGGCUGUGCGCUGGCGAGCGAGCUCAGUCUACAGCAAGCACACUCUCGGGACACAUCCGUACGCGCUAAACGGGGAUUGUAGUGCCGACGGGACACCGGCAAUCCAUUUAAAAAUUGAGGAUUACUUUUAAACUGUUUGGAAUUAAAUACAAACAACCCCACACUCUUUCUGUGAUGAGACUGUGAGUUUGGUUCAUCCAUCCAUUGAACACCCUCUUCCCACAGGGUGAAUAAUUUAUUGAUCGUUUUGCGUUAACAAAGACCGAAAUGAGAACGGCUGAGGAAUCGUCCGGCACGGUCCUGCACCGUCUUAUCCAGGAGCAGCUGCGGUAUGGGAACCCCACAGACGCCCGCACCCUGCUGGCCAUCCAGCAGCAGGCCCUGCGUGGGGGCAGCAGCGGCGGGGGCACGGGCAGCCCGCGGUCCUCCUUGGAGAGCCUCACCCAGGAAGAGUCCCAGUUCCUCCAGCUGUCCGCCCGACAGGAGCCCCAGGGCCAGGAGCACCAGGGGGACUUCCAGCACUCGGAGAGCUCCCAGCUCUACCAGCUCCACGGAGAGGAGCUGCCCACCUACGAGGAGGCCAAGGCGCACUCCCAGUACCUGGCCUCUCAGAGGGGCCACGUAGGCCUGCAACACGCCAUCCCCGAGGCCGGCAUCCAGGACGAGGCAGACCUUCACGACGAGGGCCUGCGGGACCUGAAGAGGGGCCACGUGCGCUCCCUCAGCGAGCGGCUCCUGCAACUCUCCCUGGAGAGGAAUGGGGCCAGGGCCAGCAUGGCCAUGAGCUCCUCACACAGCUACCCCCAGCUCUCCAACUACCCCGUCCACCACGAGCCGCACACCAACCAGAGCCCCCAGCACGCGCACGACCAGCGCGGCCCACCUCCGGAUUACCCCUUCCCCGCCAAGUCCAUGGGAUAUGCUCUCGGACACUCCCAGGAGCGGGGACAGUGCUACAGCGAGCCGCCACCUCCUUUCCACUCCCAGCAUCACAGGUAUGUGCAGGCUCAGCCACCGGUGGUCCGUCACAGCACACUGACCCCUGCUGGCAUGGAGGCCUUCAUGGCAGCCCAUGCAGUCUCCAGCAACAGCCAGAUGGCCCAGAUGGACAUGCUGAUGAAGGAGAACGAGAGGCUGAGGAGAGAACUGGAGAGCUACAACGAGAAGGCCAUGAGAAUCCAGAAGCUGGAGCUGGAGAUCCAGAGGAUAUCAGAGGCAUAUGAGACACUCAUGAAAGGCUGUGCCAAGAGGGAGGCCCUGGAGAAAACGAUGAGGAACAAGCUGGAGAGCGAAAUCAAGAGGCUGCACGACUUCAACAGAGACCUGCGGGAUCGCCUGGAAACGGCCAGCAAGCACGCCGCAAAAGAAGUCGAAGCUGCUGACCAAAACCAGCAUGUCGUGGCCAAGCUUGUUGAGCAAAACGAGGAGCACCAGCGGGAGCGGGAGCGCCUGGAGCGGGAGGUGCAGCGGCUGCGCGGCUGCGGGGAGGAGCAGCGGCGCGGGCUGGAGGCGCUGGAGCAGGCGCUGGGCGCGGCGCAGGCGCGCGGCCGGCAGCUGGAGGAGGAGCUACGGCGGAAGCGGGCCUACGUGGAGAAGGUGGAGCGGCUGCAGCACGCCCUGGCCCAGCUGCAGGCCGCCUGCGAGAAGCGGGAGCACCUGGAGCAGAGGCUCCGCACACGUCUGGAGCAGGAGCUCAGGACCCUGCGCGCGCAGCAGCGGCAGUCCCAAGGUGUGGGCUCCUCCGUGCCCUCCGAGCUGAGCGUCAGCUCCCUGCAGGAGCGCCUGCGGGAGAAGGAGGAGCGCAUCCUGGCCCUGGAGGCCGACAUGACCAAAUGGGAGCAGAAGUACCUGGAGGAGAGCACCAUGCGGCAGUUCGCCAUGGACGCGGCGGCCACGGCAGCGGCUCAGAGAGACACAACCAUCAUCAACCACUCCCCCCGUCACUCUCCCAACAACAGCUUCAACGAGGAUCUACCAACCGCAGAUCAGAGAAAUCAAGAGAUGGAGAACAGGAUCCGGGCGCUCUACGCGCAGAUCUUGGAAAAGGACGCGAUGAUCAACGUGCUCCAGCAGCGCUCACGCCGAGAACAGGCCAGGGCAGAGCAGCCGUGCCUGCGCCCUGCCAAAUCUGUACCCUCCAUUAGCACCCCUCCCCCGCUGCCCAACCACCCCAGCCAACACAAAGGGAAGAGCCUCUCGGAUGACCAGACAGCUGUCGCGUCUUCCUGCUCCUCCGCCCUGUCUGCCCUCUCCGGGCCCUCGAGCCGUGACUGCGGCACCCAGGCCGACCUCCUCCCGCAGGAGGCUCAGAUUACCACCGAGCCUGCCGCCGCCGCCCCCGAGCCCAGCGCUGCACCCAGCCUUGGUAAUGCAGAGCAAAAACAAGCACCUAUCAACAUAUAUAAGGGUCUCCACAAUUUGGAGGCAGGAGCGGUGGAAAUUUUUAUUUGAAGACUUUGCCAAGAUUGAAUGGGACAAAAGCUUGCCACAGCUGAGAAGAUACAAAAAGACAUGUCUGCGAUCCUGCAAGUUAUGAAAAAAAAAAGAUUCAGAACGAGAAAAAAGCUGUGAAGGGACAACAAUGUUAAGAGAAAGGCUGGCUCCCCCUGACGAUGGAAAGCCCACUUCACUGAGGCAGAAAAUGGACACUGGGAAGUGGGAAAAAGGACUGUGGAGUCAUGCACAGAAGAGAGCAGAGCUUUCUUUCAGUGCUCCUCUACUCUAAAAAAAGGACCCUUGUUCGUUGAUAUUUUUUUAAAAAUCUGCCUGGUGCAAGAGAUGCUGUGAAUCUUUUUGAGGUACAUGGACAGUAUUUCACUUGCCAAGGGCCACUGACAGACUGUAACCAUGUAUAUAGGAUCACUUUGAUGAUAUAUAUAUAUACUUGCUGCUUCUCGUGUGAGUGUGAAAGUGCUGUCCCUGCAGCACUUACUACUUGUUAUCGAGAAAGAAAAGAAUCCUGAAUGUGUCAUUGUCUUACCACCCUUUCUUAUAUAUGUGUGUGAUGUUUUGUGUUUGUUUUCCUUGAUGUAUGAUGUGGUGUGAAGCUGUAGCGUUCAGGAAUUUCAUAUCUAUUUAUACGAGUAGCUGUGUCCACAUUCUCACACGUGACAGAAAUGCCCAGUGUCUUCCAUAGCGACGGGGCCUAGGUUAUUCCCGGCGGUUCUUUCAGACCCCACUGCCGCUCUUCCCUAAUUCAGUGCAAUGUUAGCCUUAUGCAAUGUGCUCCGGCUGUCUCUCAGAGCCACGGCGCUGCCACAUUCCUCCUGCACAGCAACAAUUCCACACAGUGGCCGUGGUUGUGUGAACAUCGAUAAAUAGCAGCCCCGCUGCUAGCCAACCUAAAUUUACACUGCAGUCAGUGGUCUACCGCUGCUGCCUGACAAGGCCCGCUGAAAACCAUACAAAGGAAGAGAUGGCAGCCUGCUCUGUUUGUUGUUCUAACGGACACUUAAGAUUUUGUUUUCAGAAAAGAGUGGCUGCCUUCUAUGAGACCCCAUUUUUCAAAUACCUCUGCAAGAGCAGGUUAUCAUUUUGGGCUGAGGACAGCUACUGGCUGGCAUGUCGCUCCCUUCCCAGCAAGCCAGAGCUAAUCUUCCCACAUUCCUCCCCUGCGGAAUGCCUCUGGUGGGAGAAAAAGGCUAUCUGUAGUUUGACCCUCCCUCCCUAUUUUAAAAAAUAGCAAGCAUUCUGUCUAUUUUCAUUUUCUUCUUAGCCCUAGUAGCCGGUUCUAUUCAUGGGCUUCUGAAUUGGUGAGCAGUUAUAUACAGCAGAAGUAGCUUGCCUUGUUUUGACCUCGUUUGCCAUCCUGUUAGCAGACAGAGGCCCUAUUUUCUUUGGGGGUCAUACUGAUUUUCACACAGUGAGAGUUGACUUCAUAUUUGUGGAGUAACAAACACACAGCGUACGUUUGUGGAAUUAUAUUUACGCAGAAAAUGAGUGUUGUGGUUUUGACUGACGUGCCUCCCCUUCAUGUUUUCAUUGGUAGGCUGUCUGAAAGGAAGUUUGUUGUAUCUUACAUGGCCUUUCUGAACUGGAAGGGAGUGAAGAUUGAUUGUAUUGUUUUAAAAUCUAAUCCAUGACAUUCUCCAAAUGCUAUUUUGUUGUUUUUAUGCGAUGCAUGUGCUGGUCAGUGCUUCGCAAAGGAAAAUCCAUGUGCUAACCCUUCACUUGAGCUGUGUUUACAGAAAGGCUGUUUUUGAACUGAGAACUUAAUAUAUUUUGUAUACAUAUUUGUAUUCUUUAAGUAUUUAGUGCCAUAAACAUAAUGCCAAAGAUUUGCAUUACAAUUAAUUUAUAACUGAGAGUGUACCAACAGGCUUUUGUUUAGCUGCCCUAUUCAAGUUGGUUGACCCAUGCUUAGAUGUUGCUGUGAACUUCUAAAAUGUGGGAAUUUUGUAUUGAAA